GAACUCCGGUGGAACGCGCGAGCCGAGCAGCACCGAGGACAGCGCCCGCAGCCCCCGCGCUCAGGUCUUCCCCUGCAGCUUGGAUUCGCACUCACUGAGGUCCCCGCUCACCCCACUCUCUCUCGGACACAUUCACACCCACUCAUCCAUACCCGCACACACACUCCCCGCUGUACGAUGGCAGAAUCCCACCUGCAAUCAUCCCUGAUCACAGCCUCACAGUUUUUCGAGAUCUGGCUUCAUUACGACGCUGAUGGAAGUGGUUACCUGGAGGGAAUGGAGCUGCAGAACUUGAUCCAGGAGCUCCAGCAGGCGCGAAAGAAGGCUGGAUUGGAAUUAUCACCUGAGAUGAAAACUUUUGUGGAUCAGUAUGGGCAGAGAGAUGAUGGAAAAAUAGGAAUUGUAGAGUUGGCCCAUGUGUUACCCACAGAAGAGAAUUUCUUGCUGCUCUUCCGGUGCCAGCAGCUGAAGUCCUGUGAGGAAUUCAUGAAGACAUGGAGAAAAUAUGAUACCGAUCACAGUGGCUUCAUAGAAACUGAGGAACUUAAGAACUUUCUAAAGGAUCUGCUGGAAAAAGCAAACAAGACGGUUGAUGACACAAAAUUAGCUGAGUAUACAGACCUAAUGCUGAAACUAUUUGAUUCAAAUAAUGAUGGGAAGCUGGAAUUAACUGAGAUGGCCAGGUUACUACCAGUGCAAGAGAAUUUUCUUCUUAAAUUUCAGGGAAUCAAAAUGUGUGGGAAAGAGUUCAAUAAGGCUUUUGAGUUAUAUGAUCAGGAUGGUAAUGGGUACAUAGAUGAAAAUGAACUGGAUGCCUUACUGAAGGAUCUGUGUGAGAAGAAUAAACAGGAACUGGAUAUUAAUAAUAUUCCAACAUACAAGAAGAGCAUAAUGGCUUUGUCGGAUGGAGGGAAGCUCUACCGAACAGAUCUUGCUCUUAUUCUUUGUGCUGGAGACAACUAGAGUUGGUGGCUACUUGCUAGUGACACAUUGUAUCUAAAAAAUAACUGUGCAUUAUAAGGGAGUAGGCUGUAUUUUCUUUUAUAUCUGUAAAUUUAACUGCAUAUAGAUAAUUAUCCAGGAUGUGUGGCACAUUCUUUUCAGCUUGUUUCUAUACUGUUUGUAAUGUACAGUUUUUGUAACUAUAUGACUGAAAAAGAGAAAGUCUAUGCUUAGGCCAGUCAGUACACCCAACUAAAACAAAAGUAACCUACCAUAUUUCUGCUUUCAUAAAUACAGUUGGGCACUAUGAUUUCCCUAAGAAUUCCACCAGAAUUAAUCUCUGAAAUUCUAAUCUUUGAUGUGUAAAUGGACAUUUGCUACUGAGUAAGAGAGUUAUAUAUGAAAAGCAUUUUUAUUUUAAAUAAUCAUAGGACUGUCCCACAAAUGUAUUUCAAAGUUAUAUUUUCAACUGUUAGAAAGAAUGUGCUUUUACAUCUAAAAUACUCACCAAAAUAUCAAGAAAUAGAAGUUAAUUGUGGCUUUAUGUGGUUACAGUCACACAGUAGAAGAUUUAGUUUAUUAUCAACAACUGUCUAUUGCUUGAAUCCAUAUUAAACUAUUGGUUCAAAUUGAGUUGGUAAUAAGAGAAGACAGCACCAGAUGACACAUAAAUCUGUCUGAUUCUAUGUCUUUAUUUCCACAAACCUAACAUCAGAGAGUAUGACCUUAGUCCAUUUUCUAAACUGUUUUCACAUGUUGCAGAUUAUGCUUAUUCAAGUAAACUGCUGUUUCAUGUCAUAUUCUGUGUAAUCUGAUUAAAUUUAAUAUACUGAGUA